AGACUCUCCCAAUACCAGUGAAAUACACGCGGGCCUUUAUUCAUCUUGCUACAUACUCUAUUGAUUACGAUGCAGAAAGAAAGAACAGUUUUGGUGACGGGUUGCUCAGAUCAUGGCCUCGGUUCUGCUCUAGCAAUUGCGCUCCACAAACAAGGAUGGCGUGUUUUCGCUUCUGCUCGCAACCUCUCAAAGCUAUCGAAUGUCAAGGCUGCUGGUAUCGAGUGCGUUGAAAUGGACGUCGAGUCAAGCGAGUCUGUUGCAAAAGCAGUCGAUCAGGUGAUUGAACUGACUGGCGGUAGCCUCGAUGCUCUCAUCAACAAUGCCGGAACAGGCUAUAACAUGCCUAUUAUGCACUUGGAUAUCGAUAAAAUGCACAAACUCUUUGAGUUAAAUGCAUUCUCGAUAGUCCGCACGACUCAGGCAUUCGUACCCUUGAUGCUCAAGUCCACAAUGCAACCGUUUAUUGCCAACAAUACUGCUGGCUCGGGCCUACUGGGCUGUGGUCUGGCAUUCCAGGGAGCAUACAAUGCGUCCAAAGCAGCUGCGGCGAGCUUAACUGAGUGCCUCCGCCUGGAACUGGCACCAUUUGGGAUUCGCGUCAUCAACAUUGUUACAGGGGCAGUAAAGUCGACGUUUAUUACAAACACGACAAACAACACUUCCAACGGCGAGCUGCCACCUGAUUCUAUAUACAAUGUUGCCAAGCCAGAAAUUGAGAAGUCAAUGAUGCAGGACGAAUCUGGAUCGGACCGUAUGGAUACGGAGACCUGGGCAAUGCUUGUCGCAGGAGACCUUAGUCGCAAGAAUCCAGCACAUAUGAUAUUUAGAGGAUCCAUGUCAAACCUGGCUAGGUUUGCGGCACUGUUGCCUAUUGGUGUCUUGGAUAAGACUAUGAAGAGGAUGACAGGCCUUGAUGUUUUGGAAGAAAGGAUAGUGAAUAAGCAUAGCCGAUAGAAUGAGUACAUUCAUAAGUACUCUUAAUCAAUCUUAGGCGGUGGUAUCGCGCAGUUCAGAUAGUUAAUAAAUUCAUUGUGUGUC